AUGGAUUCUUAUCCAUCUUCUGAAACUUCAAAGUUUGUUGACUUACUUAACAGUCAACAAACUGUUUCCUUUGGAAACUUUGAAGAAAGUGUUGAACUAUCUUCCUCUCAAGUUCCCUUUCUAGGCAGUAUAGGAACCCAAGAUUCAAACUUUGAUGGAGUCACGGGGGCAGAGCGUAGAGAACGGCGUAAAUGGACACCAACUGAUGAUAUUGUCCUGAUCAGCUCGUGGUUAAACACGAGCAAAGAUCCUGUGGUUGGCAACGAGCAAAAAUCUGGAACUUUUUGGAACAGAGUUGCUGCAUAUUUUGCGGCAAGUCCUCUAGUUGCUGCCUGCGAAGAAAGAGAAGGAGCCCAUUGCAAGCAUCGCUGGCACCGGAUCAAUGACAUCGUGUCCAAAUUCUGUGGUGCGUAUGAAGCUGCUACAAGAGAGAAAGCUAGCGGCCAGAAUGAGAAUGACGUUGUCAAACUUGCUCAUCAAUUUUCUACAACAACCACAAGAAAAAAUUCAAUCUAG